AUGGUUCGACCUCAACAGAAAAAGGGAAAUUACAAAAACAAUAAAAAAGGAAAUCGAAGAAAACAAGAUAUUACUGAUGUGUUUGAAGCUGACGACGAUGAACGCCAAUUACAACGCAAAGGUCAUGAUCUAGACGAAGUAGACAAUUAUGAAUACCAAGUUGGUGAUAUCCAAGGUGAUGACGAUGAAGAAAUAGACUCUGAUGAAGCCUUUGAUGAAUCUGAUGACGACCGUUUUGAUCAUUUUAAAUUUGCUGGAUCUACAAAGGUAAAGGAAAAAAAAAAAAAAAGGAAAGCCAAAAAAAAUAUAAACUCGGACGAUGAAACUGGUGAAAUCAAUUUGGAUGAAUCCGAUCAACACGAUAGUGACAAUGAAAGUGAUGUGAAUGGCGAUGACUAUAUGGAUAUUGCAGAUAUGCUUAGCGAUAAUGAAGCUCCUGGGGUGGCGCUGGAUAAUGAAACUGCAAAUACCUUACUACCUGCGAAUAAUGAUGAAGAUUCGGAUAUGGAAGAAUUUCUUGGAUUCUCUGACGAUGAUGAAGACACAUCCAAUGAAGACGACAGCUAUCGUGAUCAACAAGAAGUAACUGACUUUAUUACCUCUUUGGAUACCAAGAAACGAAAGCUCGGCAUGGAUAAGGAUGGAAAAAAGAGACAAAAACAAUUGACGGAACGAUCCGAAGUUUACAAAGAAAAUGAAUUCAAUUUACCUGCACAAAAACCAACCUCAGCUGGAAAGAAAACCAAAUUAGACUUGAAAGAUUUGAUGGGAUCAAUGGAUGGUGAAGUGGCUCUCAGUGAACUUCGUGAAACAGUGAAAUCUAUGGCUGCUGAUAGCAAGAAACAAACUGCUUUGGAUGCUCCUUUACCUCAACGAAUACAAGAUCGCAUAGAACGCCAAGCCGCCUACAAAGAAGCCAACAAGGAAAUUACUCGCUGGGAACCUACAGUCAAACAAAAUAGAGAGGCUGAUCAUUUAUCAUUUCCUAUGCAAGAAUCUGUUACUCAACAAAAACUCACCAGCUCUACUUUAGCCAGCAAAUUUGUCGCCAAUACUGAUAUGGAAAAACAAAUUGAACAAGCAUUACAGCAAGCUGGUAUGAAAGAUGAAGAAUUGGAAGAAUUCGAAGCUCUGAAACUCAAUAAGUUGACAGUGGAAGAAGUGGAAGAACGACGAAAACAACUGGCAAUGAUGCGUGAAUUGAUGUUCCGACAUGAAGUCAAGGCCAAGCGAAUGAAGAAGAUCAAGAGUAAAAGUUACCGAAAGUUGAAACGACAAGAAAAGGCCCGAUUAGAAGAUCAAAUGGCAAAAUUACAAGAAUUGGAUCAUGAAAUUUCAUUGGAAGAACAACAAGAAGCAGCUAUGUCUCGUGCUGAAGAACGUAUGUCUCUCAAACACAAGAAUACUGGUAAAUGGGCAAGACGUGCAUUGGCCCGAGGUCAACAGGACGAAGGUACUCGUGAUGCUAUCAUGGAACAACUUCAACGUGGGGAGCAACUUCGACGUAAGAUUCAAGGUCAAGAAUCGGGUGAUGAUGAAUCUGGUGAUGAUUCUGAUCAUGAUGAUGAUGGUGUGGAACGCUCUGAAAAGGAACGCAUUGCUAUGGAACUGGAUGCUUUGGAAAAGGAUUUGGAUCAAGAUACCCCUGGAAAAGGCAUCUUUGCUAUGAAAUUUAUGCAAGAUGCUGCUAAAAGAGAACAACUUGCUGCCAAGGAGGAAUUGGAUGAAUUUCGCAAUGAAUGGUUGGAUGAAAACAGUGACAAUGAUGAGAAAAACGCUCAAGAUCCUACUUACUCUCAUGUUGCCAAUAAUCCAGGUCGAAUGGCUUUUGCAACAAGUGUUCCAUCUUCUAGUCCCCUUGCCGAUUUAGAUUCUACUGAUGCCAAUCCUUGGUUACAAAACGAUACCUCCCGCAUAUCCAAGAAAGCAAGUAAAUCCAACAAAGCUGUAAAAGGAAAGAAGAUUCAACCAAAAGAAGAUGAAGAAGAGGAUGUGGAAUUGGAUCUCACCAAUGUUCUUUCAACCAAACAACCAUCAUCUGGAAAAUCAUCAAAGACAAAAUCGACAGCUACCACACAAGCUACUGUCAGCGAAUCAACAAAGAAUAUCAGCACUUCACAGCAGCCAUCAACAACAUUGGAAAAUAAUGAAGAUAGUGAUGAUGAUGAAGAUGAUGUAGCUGCUCCAACAAUGAUCUCCACAUCAAACAAAUUAUCCUUUAACCAACGUGAAUUGGUAGCUCGAGCAUUUGCAAAUGAUAAUGUAGUGGAAGAAUUCGAACAAGAAAAAGAAGAUGUAAUUGCUGAAGAUGGGGACAAGGUGGAAGAUUUAACAUUACCUGGUUGGGGUUCCUGGGGUGGCAAAGGUAUCAAGACUAAGGCAAAGAACAAAAAGAAGAUUAUCAAGGUGACAAAGGGAAUAGAUGCUGCAGAACGAAAGGAUUCAAAACUGGCAAAUGUUAUUAUCAAUGAAAAGCGUCAUAAAAAGUCUGAAAAAUAUCAAGCUACUACGGUACCUUUCCCUUUCAAGAGUAUGGAACAAUACGAACAUUCAUUACGUGCUCCUGUUGGCAAGGAAUGGAAUACUCGAGACUCUUAUCAAAAGAUGACCAAACCAAGAGUGAUGACCAAACUUGGUACAGUAAUCGAUCCACUUUCGGUUCCCUUCAAAUAG